AUGCAGGUCCCAGCUCCUAGCCUAGGGCACUUGGGCUCCCACCCAUCCUUUCCCUGCCCUCCCCUCUGCCUGGGCUGUCCUCCACACACACUGCCCUCCAAACCCACCAGCCGCAAGUCCUUCAGCAUCGACUCCCUGCUCUCCAGCUCCCAGACAGAGCCCUGCCGGGUGGGGAAGUGUCUGGCUCUCAGCCCCUCACUACCCACCCUGGCUUUCAGCACGGCCACUACGCAGUCUCUCUACCCGGACUUAGUGUCUCCUCACCAGGGCUAUCCUGUGUACCUGGGACCACCGUUCAUCUACCACCAAACUACCUGCCGCUCUGGGCUCUGCACAUCAGGUAAGACAGACUCUGCUGGCAAGUCUAAGCGAGUGAGAACCAUCUUCACUCAGGAACAACUCUCCCGUUUGGAGAAGGAAUUUGCUCGGCAGCAGUACAUGGUGGGAACAGAGAGAUACCUCCUGGCUUCAGCCCUGAACCUGAGUGAAGCACAGGUGAAGGUGUGGUUUCAGAACCGCAGGAUCAAGUGGAGGAAGCAGAGCCUGGAGCAGCAGCAGGCCAAGCUGGCUAAACUGGGGCUGGUGUGUCGUCAGCCCAGCCCCGACUCCCAGUACAGCGAGCAGGAGGAGGGGGCCAGGCUGGAGGGCCGAGGAACCAACCAGGAGGACGACUCAGGCCCCGGGAGCCCCUGAGCAUCUUAAUACUAUACUGAACCAUGUUUGGACAAAUACACAGUCACCACACUUGUCAGAGCCUUGGGACAUCCUUCCAACG